AUGAGUAAAAUCUCAACUUUAAAGAAAAGUUUAGUGUCUUUUCAAAAUGCCAAGUUUAAAAAGGAUACUUUACUGAAAACACCCUACAUUUACCUUAAUCCAAUAUCAAAUGUAAACAUUUUUCCUGCUAAUGUUCAAAACAAUUCAUCGAUGUGGGCAGUUACUGGGAACUCUAAAACCACAAUGCUAAAAAUUAUAGCUGGUGAGUAUAUUCUGGAUCCACCAUUAUCACGACAAUACCCUUUAAUUAACAAUCGGCCUACACAAUUACAAUUCCUUAAUUUUAGAGAUGGAUCAGGAUUGGAUAAGGUGCACAUGUCGGCCAGAUACGAAACAUAUUCUUAUAAAGGUGUGUUGGAAAUGCUGGAUGAUGUGAAUUCAGUGUAUAAUUAUGUCACUGGGUUGAAUAAUUAUAAUACCCAACACACAUCAGUAUCCAAAGACUUUGUCAAUGAAUUAUUGGAUUAUUUUAAGUUGCAACAUUUGAAACACAAAUGGAUUAAUAGUUUGAGUAAUGGACAAUUGCGACGUGCAAGAAUUGCCAAGUCUUUGAUCAAUAAACCAAAGUUGUUAAUUAUCGAUGAUCCAUUUUUAGGUUUGGAUCCAAUCAAUACACAAGGCGUUAGUGAAGCGUUGAAAACGGUUGGUGAAGAAUUGGAUACAAGUAUUGUUCUAGGAUUACGGGUUCAAGAUGAUAUACCUGAUUGGAUCGAUAGUUUAUGUUAUGUUGAUGAAUCUGGGGUUAAAUUAUCCGGGAAGAAAUCCGAAAUCUUCAAUGAAUAUAAACAAUUAGUGGGCCGGAUUACUGCAACUCACAAAUCACACGUCCAUCGUCAUAAUAAACAGCAACAACAAUCAAAACCAAUUGAAAUUUCAAAUAAUCAUUUUGCAGAAAGUGAUGCAAACACCAAUGGCAUUCAUAUUGAAUUUCAAAAUGCUUCAGUUGCCUACAAACAAUUAGUUAUAUUUGAUGAUUUUAAUUGGAAAAUACCAAGGGGAAGCAAAUGGAGAAUCUUGGGAGACAAUGGUACCGGCAAAACAACAUUGUUAUCUAUUAUUACUGCUGAUCAUCCUCAAUCAUGGAAAUCUGUGAUUAAAGUAAAUGGCAUAUUAAGGAAAACUGGAUCUGGUGUCACAUUUUUUGAUAUUAAUGAUAAAAUCGGUAUAUCGUCCCCUGAAUUGCAUGCAUUGGUUCCUCGGCAUAAUAAAACUAUGAAAGAUAUCAUAUAUAAUGGAUUGGUUAAAAAUGUGGGUAAUUCCAAUUUUUAUUUUAAAGGCGAUCCUAAUAAUAUCACUGUCAGAGGACAAAAGUAUUUGGAAUAUUUUAAGGACAGAAUUGAUAAAUACGGAGAUACUGUAUUUAACGAAUUAAGUUUAACUGAUCAGAAAUUGGCUUUAUUUUUAAGAGCAAUUAUUAAAGAGCCAGAAUUGUUGAUUUUGGAUGAAGCAUUUUCCUGUAUGGAUGAUGAAGAUAUAAUGAUCAAAUGUCAUGAAUUGAUUGAAAAAGAAUUAAACGACACUACUGUGAUAUCUAUUGGACAUUUAGAGUGGGAGUUAUGCAAAUACGAUUAUAUGAUCCAAUUGAUCAACGACAAUAAUGUUAGAGACUACAAAGUGUUUAAAGUCAACUGGGAAAUGGCUUAG